UUAACUCAGUUAACCCCAGCGUGACCAUAUGGUCACGCAAGAAGUAGUAGUUGAAUUAAAAAAAAAAAUCAGAGCUCACCCGAAUAAUUUCCUUUGAACUAGCUUUUUCCAUGUAAAUACACAUGCGCGAAGCGAACUGCGUUUAAAAUUUUUCAUAAAGUGUCUUUGUUUCGAAGUGAGCAGUCGUGAAAAAGUUGAAAGAAAAAAAGAUGACAAAAAAUGCGAAUUUUGAUAGAAACAAUAGACGUUUAAACACACAAGAGGUUAUUGACUAUCUAAAUGACUUUUGUGAUAGCGAUGAAGAAGAUUCGCCCGCUGCUCUAUAUAUUUUACCUCCGGACAACGAAAAUGGUGCAAUCAGUGGAGAAGAUGAUGGUGAUGAAGACGACGUAGGUAAGCCAGAGGAUAUAUGUGUUGGUCAAUUGAAGGCACCUUGUGAGUUAGUGAUGAGCAGUGGUAAAAGGGUUUUAACGAUUGAUAAUGAUGAUGAGGAGGAUGACUUGGAAGUUGCUGAUUCUGUGUUGAUCGACAUAUUAGAAAACUCUACUCAGAACUUGCAAACUAAUUUGUUAGAGGAACAGGGCGAAAUGUCAAUAGAACCGUCCUCAUCACAACCUGAAACGUAUGUCAGCGGCUUACGAAAAGUGAAACCUACACCGUCGUCAGUGCCACCGCCACUGUUACGUAAGGAAUCACAUUUUACGUGGGUAGAAGAUAACUCGGACGGAUUGAUCCCCAUUUUCCCUUCACGAAAUUUUGAAGACUGUAAGGUGAAGCCUCAUGAGCAACUUGAAAAGUUUUUUGACGAUGAACUCAUAGAGCACAUUAUAAACGAAUCGCGAAGAUAUGCAAUUUUUCUUGGUAAACCAAAUCCUCAAAUUACCAGUGCGGAGCUUAAAGUUUUCAUAGCCAUCUUGUUGGUCAGUGGAUACAAUGGUCGAAGUACGUUCAAGUCAUUUUGGAGCGUUGACAAUGACAUGCGCAAUGAAAUGGUAUACUUAGCUAUGCGUAGAAAUCGAUUCGAGGAAAUUUUGAGAUUCUUACACUUUGAGGAUAGUUGUAAAAAAAUAACUGACGGAGAUAAGAUGUGGAAACUGCGGUCCUUAACCGACCACUUAAAAUCAAAUAUGCUGAAGCAUUUCCAUCCGGAACAACAGCUUUCAUUUGACGAGAGCAUGAUAUCAUAUUUUGGGCGUCACGGAUGCAAGCAGUUCAUCAAAGGAAAACCAUUACGGUUCGGUUAUAAAGUUUGGUCCUUGUGUACGAUAUCGGGAUAUUUAGUUAAUUUUGAAAUUUAUCAAGGAAAUAAUCCUCGUGCCAAUAGUACCUACGAGCAAACAUUUGGAAAAUGCGCAGCUCCACUGCUGAAUAUGAUAGACGAUUUUACACCAGCGGUUCAGAAUCUACCAUUUUCCUUCUAUUUUGACAAUCUUUUCACCAGUGUUCCUCUGUUAGUUUACUUGAAAGCUCGAGGAUAUACCGCAACAGGUACGAUCCGGGAAAAUCGGCUGCCAAAAAGUUGCCCGAUUGAACAUAAAAAAAUAUUAAAAAAUAAGGAGCGUGGUCAUAUUGAGUCUACAAAAUUGAAAGAAGCUAAUAUUUUUCUCACAAAAUGGAAUGAUAACGCAGUUGUUAGCAUCGCUUCGACUACGUAUGGCGCAAACCCGGUAACAAAUGCAGUUCGAUACUCACAGAAGCAAAAAAAAUUUAUUGAUGUUCCACGGCCAUUAGUUAUCAAGGAGUACAAUAAAUAUAUGAGCGGCGUAGAUCGUAUGGAUCAGAAUGUCGAAAGUGUUGUGAAAAUUGUGCUUUUUCAUAAUUUGCCUGCUUGA